GUCGUCGUUGUCUAAACCAUGUCUAAAAGUUUAAAUGAAAAUAAUAAUAUGAUGAAAUCUAAAGUAAAAAAACGAACAGCAGAUUUAUCAACGUUAAGUACUAAUUGUAUUAAUAAUUGUAACAGUAAUAAUAAUAACAACAAUAAUAAUAAUGGAAAAAUGAAAGUAAAAACAACAACCGGAACAGCAACAGCAACAGGUUCAUCGGCAUCACCAUCAGCAUUAGGUUUUGAAGAAGAUUUUAUUAUGUCAAUAGAUUCAAAACUUGGUUCAACAAUAUUACAACGACCAGAUAUAAAAGAUUUAGAUGUUGAAACAUUUGGUCAUUCAACAACAUCAUCAACAAAUAAACGUAAUGCAUCAAGAUUAUUAAAAUUAAAAGCAGCAUGUCAAAAACCAACCGAAUUGGAUGUUUGUUUAGAUGAUAAAGGUAAAAUGAAAAAUGCCAAUGGUCCAGGUGCAAGUGAUUUAAAUGAUGAUGAAAGAGGUAAAGGAUUUGAUUCAAAAAAACAAUCAAAAGUAAUGGAUAAAAAAUCCGGAUCGAUAAAUAGUAAAAAUGAUGAAGUAUUUGAAAGUUUACCUGAAGUAAAUGUAAAACAGAAAAAUAAAUUAGAUAAUGGUAAUAAUGGUAAUAAAAAAUCUGAAUCAGGAUCAACAUCAACAUCACCAGCAAUAAGUUCAUGUGAUAAUGAAAAUCAUUGUACAUUAUUGGAUGAUUUAAAAAAACAAAAACCACAUCAUCAUCAUCAUCAUCAUAAACAUCAUAAUGAUAAAGAUAAACCACAAGUGGAUACAAGAUUAACACCAUCGAUUGCAAAAUUUAUUAAUGUACCAAAUGAAUCAGAAAUGUUGGAUAAAAAACGAUUAAAUUCAGCAACCAAAUCGGAUAAUAAUAAUGCUGAUAAUCAACAAUCAUCAUCAUCAUCAGCAUCAUCAGCAUUUUUAUCAGAUAAAUCAAGUUGUGCACAAAAUUGUGAUUCAUUACGUAAAGAUUUAGGUAUUCAUAGUGCUGGUAGUAGUGCAAGUGGUGGUAGUAGUAAUAGUACAAGAAAAUCUGAAUUAUUUCGUAAAAAAGUUCCAACAUCAAUUUCAUUGGUAAAAGAAUUGGAUAGAAAAAGAUCAUUAGCGGAUAAUAAUCCAAGUAUUAUGAUUGGUGAUCCAUUUGUUACUGGCCGAUCAAAUUUAUCCGGUUUUGAUACAAGAAAAUUAAAAAAUGAUAAAUUUUCAUCCAGUAAAGUUAUAUUUAUUAAUACUGAAAAUGUUGAUGGUUCAUCAUUAUCAUCAGUUAUGAAUGCUGGUGGUGGUGGUGGUGGUGGUGGAGGUGGAGGUGGUAGUUGUAAAAAAUUUUCACCAAAAACAUCAAUAAUAAAAAUAACACCACCAACAACACCACCGAAUAUAACAAUUAACGUUAAUAAUGAUACGGAUAUGAAAAAGAAAUCGGAAAAAGAGGAAAAAAUUACUGUCAAUGGUGGUGGUGGUGGUGGUGGAUUGAAGAAAAAAUCUCAAUCAAUAUCAACAUCAACAUCAAUAUCAUCAUGUACAUCAUCAUCAGCAGCAAUAUCAAAAUCAUCAUCACAAUCUGGAAGACGACAACCAAUAACAGAAAAACCAAAUAGUAUGGAUAGUUUUCGAAAAAAAAUAAAAGCAAAAAUAAAUGAAAAAGUACAAAAACCAUCAUCUCAUCAUCAAACAACAAAACAACAACAACCACAUUCAAAAAUUCCACCAAAUAUAGUUCCAUCAUUGUUAUUAACAUCAAAUCCAUCAUCAAAAUACGAAAAAAUACGUUCAGCAAAUUCAUCAACAACCGCUAUACAACAUUCAACAUUUAUUUCGGCUUUAUCAAAAGAUUCGAAUCCAUCAGUUUCGGAUAAAUCAUAGAAGUAUUAGAAGAAAAAAAAACAAUUUUAUUUUUGAAAAAAUUAUUUUUAAAAAAUAAUUCCUAGAUGGCAGUAAAUGUAUCAAA